AUGAGUGACCCCAUUAACGCAAACCCAACAAUCAUAGAUGUAUCCAGUUUACCAACUAGAUUGUCUUCUAAUGAAGAAAAAUUGGCAGAAAAGAAACAGCUCGUAUCCCGCUUUGAUUGCUUGUCAUUAUUGAAUCCCAAGGAAUCUGCUGAAAGUGAUCUUGCAUCUGACGAAGAGGAAUCUGAUCCUGAGGAUUAUGACCCAAUAGAUGAACAGGAAAUCUUUGAUCUUAUAGCUUCUAUUUCUGAUCCAGAACACCCUUUAACGUUGGCUCAGCUUGCGGUAGUAAACUUGUCUGAUAUUAAAGUGACUAAUACACAAGAAGGAAUAUCUGAAGUGUUAAUAAGAAUCACACCUACCAUUACUCAUUGUUCUUUAGCUACCUUAAUUGGUUUGGGUAUAAGAGUUAGGUUGGAUAGAAGCUUGCCUCCAAGAUAUAGAAUUAGGAUAUUAAUCAAGGAGGGUACACAUCAGCUGGAGAACCAAGUCAACAAACAGUUAAAUGAUAAGGAGAGAGUUGCAGCUGCGUGUGAAAACGAACAGUUGUUGGGUGUAAUUCUGCAAAUGUUAAGUACAUGCAAAUAA